UCUGUGCCGCCGUCGCUCGUGCAGACGUAGAUUGUGCGCGACCGGAACGUAUUUCAUACAACAGCCAGCGGCCUGAGGGGGAUUCACUUCAGCGCUGUAAUUUUUCUGUAUCUGGUGGAGGAUUUGUUUCUGCAGUCCAUCGCCAUCAUGAAACUAGUCAGGUUUUUGAUGAAGCUCAGCCAUGAGACCGUCACUAUUGAACUGAAGAAUGGCACCCAAGUCCACGGGACCAUCACAGGUGUGGAUGUCAGCAUGAAUACCCACCUCAAGGCAGUCAAAAUGACCCUGAAAAACAGGGAGCCCACUCAGCUGGAGUCGCUCAGUAUCCGUGGCAACAACAUCCGCUACUUUAUCUUGCCAGACAGCCUGCCACUGGACACCCUGCUGGUCGACAUUGAGCCAAAGGUCAAGUCCAAGAAGAGGGAAGCAGUGGCAGGUCGGGGGCGAGGCAGAGGACGAGGGCGCGGCAGAGGAAGAGGCAGAGGCCGGGGCGGCCCCAGGAGAUGAUCACCGCAGCCGUAGAGUCGACUGUUAUCUCCACACUGUUUGUACAGGAUUUCUUUUCUUUUUCCUCAUGGAAACGUUUUGUGAAUUCCACGUCUUUGUUUUUUUUUUUUUUUUUUUUUUUCAUAUUUUGUACAUUAAAAAUGUUCCUUAUGAACAGAA